UGAAUUAGUCCCUAUGUGUUUGGCACUGUCAAGGGUUAGAGGCUUUGCAGUAGAGCUCCCAGCUUUCUGAUCAUGCAUUGUAAUAUUUCCUAUGUACUGGUACUGUGUGCUCUGCUCCGUCCGGGUAAACAGCAAUGCAGUGUGGACAUCACAGAGCGUGAAGAUUGCGGAUUUCCUGGGAUAAGUGCUAAGGAAUGCUAUUCCAGAGGCUGCUGCUUUAAUUCAAACAUUCCUGGGGUUAAAUGGUGUUUUUACCCCAAAAACAUAGCAAGUGACCAGAAACAAUGUAAAGUGGAACCAUACAACAGAAGGGAUUGUGGCUACCCCACAAUAAGUGCUAUGGAAUGUAAGGAAAGGAAUUGUUGCUUUGACUCUAGCAUUCCUGGGGUUAACUGGUGUUUCUUCUCCAAGUCACAAGAUAAACAGCAAUGUAGUGUGGACAUCACAGAGCGGGAAGAUUGUGGAUUUCCCGGGAUAAGUGCUAAGGAAUGCUAUUCCAGAGGCUGCUGCUUUAAUUCAAAUGUUCCUGGGGUUAAAUGGUGUUUUUACCCCAAAAGCACAGCAAGUGACAAACAAUGUAACGUGGAACCAUACAACAGAAGGGAUUGCGGCUACCCCACAAUAAGUGCUGCAGAAUGUAAGAAGAGGAAUUGUUGCUUUGACUCCAGCAUUCCUGGGGUUAACUGGUGUUUCUUCAAGUCACAAGAUAAACGGCAAUGUGAUGUGGACAUCAAAGAGCGUGAAGACUGUGGUUUUCCCGGGAUAACCGCAAAGGAAUGCUAUUCCAGAGGCUGCUGCUUUAAUUCAAAUGUUCCUGGGGUUAAAUGGUGUUUUUACCCCAAAAGCACAGCAAGUGACAGACAAUGUAACGUGGAACCAUACAACAGAAGGGAUUGCGGCUACCCCACAAUAAGAGCUGCGGAAUGUAAGAAGAGGAAUUGUUGCUUUGACUCAAGCAUUCCUGGGGUUAACUGGUGUUUCUUCAAGUCGCAAGGAUGCUCUGUGAGCCCCAAGCUGAGGAAAGACUGCGGAUAUCCCAACAUCAGCUCCAAGGACUGUCUGGCUAGAGGCUGCUGUUUCGACUCCAGUAUUCCCAAGACUGUCUGGUGCUUCUACGGAUAUAAAUAAAAUACUAAUGAUACUCAGUAUAACGGCUCGUAACAAUCACCGGAGUCUCCGUACAGACAGCAUCCUGGUUCUGUGUGCUUUUUUGUGAUCUGUAAAUGUGAUUUAGGUUUAGAAUAAAAAUUCUUCAUUUCUGGAAGUGUUACAGCAUUAUAUGUACUAUUCAUGUUUUUGUAGUUAUACUAUAUAUGUGGAUUUCCUUACCGAUAUAUUGAUUCCCAACAUACUUCACACCACAAAACAUAUUUGUAUAAUCAAAUAUAUAAACAAGUCCGUAAUGCA